GUGGAGGCGGGUACUAUGAAAAUCGCCUAUAAGAAACCAAUUUUCGGCAAAUUAAGUACAACAAAAGAGAGACGCUACAAGUUAAGACCAGAUUAUAUGCGAAAAUCAACAAAGAAUGCAGCCGCCAGUGUAAGUUCGGGCAUGAGCACGAGCGCGAGUUCACUUGUCGGCAGCACAAUGUUAACAACCACCAGCAGCACCACGCCCACUUUGCUACAUUCAUUGGCGCCCACAGAUUGGAGCGCAUGGGCAACAACAACACCACUGCCAGUGAUGGAGAGCAAUUUAGGUACUCACUACAACAACAACAUGGAGAGUAAUAAAGCCGAGGCAGAGGCUGCCAUCUAUAUGCCGAAGCCCUUGCUAUAUGAAGACGCCGCCACACACAGUCAAUAUAUGGAUUUAAAUGCAAUGAGGCAAAGCGUGUCUGGCGGAGUGGAGACACUGCUGCCACAUAUAAUGCCAGCGGUGAACAACACCAUAGAAGCACCACAGCUGCAUGACGAUGUACAAGGAGUGCACGUAAUUGGCGAUAUGGUGGAAGCGCCGAGUAACACGCAAGUAAUGAGCAACACCGAGACAAACGCUGAAGUCGAAGAGCUCUUCCCUCUGCCACAGCCAGAGUUGCUGGUUGCACCACGCGCCCUGGCUGCGCGCAAUACGCACGCAAAGGCGCGCAAAACCAGCAAAACACCAGCGACGACGACAACGACAGAGCAUAAUCGAGCGGUACCAUGCACCUGUGGCGUUUUUCUAGCCUCACAAAUCAAACGCGGCACCAACGAACAACCCGAGGGCGCACCAGUGAUCAGCAACGAGUUGGACCGCACAUUCGCUUGCAACGCCGUCGGACAGAAGCAAUGCCAGACCAAAUGCCUGGAAACUAUAGUGCAGCAUUUGCCCAAUUCAGCGAAUAUACUGUGCGCAACGCUAAAUCGGGACUGCCGCAAGGAGCGCGCCUACCUCUUCAUCAAGAAUUGCCGCAAUCAAUGGCACAAUACGAACUUGUCGGCGGGACGGGAGUAUUGCUGUCGCGAUGGUCAACCGUACACCUGUCCGAUGGUUUGA